GCAGCUCUUGAACGCAGCAUCAGUUGAUGAAAUAAAACGCAGCUUUUUCUGCACUUUUCAGACAAGUUUCACUCCGCAGUCCUCUCGCUCUCUGCCUCCCCACCCAGACCAGAGACUCUGACCGGAUAGUUGGAUUCAUGGCUGCGCAUCUGUUCACGUUUUGACCAAAACGCGCCGCUCUGCACAGAUUAUCGGGAUUUUCGCUAUAAAUAAGGCCUCAGACGGAACCGCUCGGCCUGCCGUCAUUUAUUUCUGCAGCUGAAGUAUCCAGAGGAGAUUUUAAAAACAAAAACAACAUGAUCCCGCUCUGACGGAUGGGUCUCCACUCUUCAGCCGGGACAGAAGAUUCCCGCAGAUUUCCACGGAUCGCCCUUCAGGACGGGACGCGCGGAUGUUUGAGGAGACUUUUAUUUUUUGUUUUUGUUUUUGAACUGAUCCGAUCUGGAUUUAUGGAACCGUGAAGAGCCGAGAAACGCUCGUCCUCCGCCGGGUUGUUUUGGUCUGAGGAGAGGAGAGGGAGGAAAGGCGAAGCGGCUUUUGGGGCUCGAUUUUCUCCUGUGGUGUCUGUGUGGAGCGUCCCACACACCCACUCCACAACAACGACGGCUUUUGCUUGCAUCUUCCAGUGUUUCUUCUGUCAGCAAGUCCAGCAGAGCUGCAACUCUUCCAGUGCCAGCCCUGACACCAGCGAGGAGCCCUGCCCCACUGACAUGGUGAAGAUGACCAAGUCGAAGACCUUCCAGGCCUACCUGCCAUCCUGCCACCGCACAUACAGCUGCAUCCACUGCCGAGCGCACCUGGCCAACCACGACGAGCUCAUCUCAAAGUCAUUUCAAGGCAGUCAAGGAAGAGCCUACCUGUUUAAUUCAGUGGUGAAUGUGGGCUGCGGGCCAGCGGAGGAGCGGGUUCUCCUCACAGGUUUACAUGCUGUGGCUGAUAUCUACUGUGAAAACUGUAAAACCACCCUGGGCUGGAAAUAUGAACAUGCGUUUGAGAGCAGUCAAAAAUACAAAGAGGGAAAGUUCAUCAUCGAGCUGGCUCACAUGAUCAAGGACAACGGAUGGGAGUGACACCGAGGCCACAUCCCAUCUCCUUAAAUCUGUUUUCCUGACCUUGGAAUGCUCUUUACUGAACUGAGUGGAGCGUCAACCAUCUUCCCGCUCCCAUUCCUCCCUGUUCCCCCCAUUACUCACACCUUCUUCCCUUUAAAAGACCUCCACUCGCCGGCCUCCGUCACGUGCACACACCCACCUGUUCAUCGUGAAACCGGACAGAACGAAUGCAUUCGGAAGUGGAGUUAAAAACCCACGGACCCUACGCCACCUUAAAGAUUGUGUGCUCUCCGUCACCGCUCAACGUUUGGGUUCCCCCGCCGCCGCCCAACCCCGCACCUCGCCUCGGCUCCACCGAAACACGCUUACAAGUGAUUGUGGUGAUGUGGCGACCGCUGUGUGAACGGAGAGACUUCACUGAAAAAAGACAUCUUGUUGUUUUUCUUUAUUCCACUCAUCUUCAAUGACUUUAUUAUUAUUAUUUUAUUGUUAUUUGCCAUAGUUUUAACUUUGGGGUUUGGUGAAGCUUUGGUUUGAUGGCAGAUGGAUGUUACUGGUUAGCAUUUUAUUUCCAUGACUUUUGUUUGGUUUAUUUGUUUUUUGAGUGUGCUUUUUUUUUUUCUUUCUUUUUCUUAGCUAUUGUCCAAAUGAGCAAUCAGGGAUGGGUUGAGAAGAAACGGGCAAAGGGAGUUUAUUAUAGUUACAAACAUGUAGCAGCUUUUGUUUUUCCUUUUCUUUUUUAAACUGGGAUUCCAGUAAUGUUGGAUUUUAUACCUGGCGUUUCCUUAUGUUUUAUCUUUCGUGUUAAUUCUCCCUUUCUGGUACUUUCCAGCACCCAAAAAGCAUCAAAAGCAACACAUACUAUUUUGUUUGACAUGAAAAGGUAUAAAAUUAUAUAUAAAUACACAUAUAUAAAUUUAUAGAUAUAUAAAUAUUUGUAGUGUAAGGCUAAAUGCGAUUGUGGCUGGUCCCAUUUUGCAGCAGCACCAUGAAUGAAAGAGACAUGAAAAAGGAGCAGAAAUCAUUUUUAGAGUGGGGAAGCUGACGUCAGUGUCCACACUGUAUUAUCCCAUUGUCUAGUAAUGAAACAAUGAAAGUCACUGCUACAUAUUAAUAUAAAUACACAUACUAUGAUUACAUAUCCAUCAAUACUAUGAUAUUGUACGUAGUAUGUAGAAAUUGAUUGGAACAUGGUUUCGAUAUAUAUAUAUUUGCUGUCAUGCACAUAUGUGUAUAUGCAUAUGACUGUGUGUGUAUAUGCAUAGUGCGCGCGCGUGGUCACGCAUUACACAGUGACGUACUUGAACGACGCUACAUCCUUUGCACGUUGCUGAGGCGCGUGCUUCAUCUCAGUUUGGAGGCAAAAUCUUUUUCUUUUUUUUUUACACUAAAUUUUAUUGGAUUUUUAUUUCACAUUUAAUCUCAAAUUUUGUCUUUUUCUCUGUUUUUGGUCCAAUCUUUGAUGACAAUAUGAUUUUAGGCCUAGUCCAUGCACAGCCGAAUACAUUUUUAUGCGUUUUGGCUUUCAAUCCACACAAAAAUGAUUAAUUUAAAAAA